UUUUUUUUUUUAAACCAGAGGAAGCUUUUGGCUAGUCGGUUCAUUCUGAUUAGCAUCAACCUUUUGCCUACCUUCUUCUCGGAAGAGCUUGCAUUUGCUCGUUCAGUUGUCAGGCAAGGCUGAAGAUAUGGAGGCUCAGACCUUUGAAAACCAGCCUCCACCAAGAACUGGACCCCCAUAUCAAAGGAAAAAACCAAAGAGAAAGCAGCCGCAGCAUUCUGCUGAUAUAGUGUUCACAAAAGGGAAUUCUAUUCAUACCAUGCCCUCUCUCAGCAAAAUGUUGAAGGGGAUCACAGAGUCUAUCAUUGGCCUUCAGUACGUGUGGGAGUACCGCAGCCCGAGUAAAUCUGUACUACCACACUACCAGUGCAAACUCUGUUCCCUGUCCCGCUUGCAGCAUGACAUGAUUGAUCACGUGAAAGGCUGGAAACAUGGUUUCAGAUACAUGAAAAAGGCCCACCCUGGCAAAGUAACCUGUGAAGAGGAAGAUGCCAUCAAAGACCCUGUUGUCAGAAGGACAGUUAAGGCUGCUGUGGCUGAGGUGGAGAAAACAGAGGGUAGAGGACAAAUUAAGGUGAUCCUGAAGGAGCCCUUUGAGGUGCCUGCUUUCAAAGGACUUCGUUCUGCUGCUCCUAGACUUGGACCUCCACCAGGUCUAAUGGGGCCUCCCUUAGGUCCCAGAUUCCCUGACACAAGGUUCCCAGGAGAGUUUCCCCCAUAUGGUGGUCCAGUCUAUGACUAUCCGGCUGGAGAAUUUGGAGAAACCGACUUUGGAGGCUACUUGCCAGGGGAAGAAUUCCCUGACCCUGGAAUGGCUCAGGGACCUUUCUCAGAUGGUAUGGGUCAUCAUCAACCUGGAGGCUGUAAUGAUUUUGGUCCAGGCACUGGAAGAGAUGACUUUGGGGGAAGUGGACUGCUGAAUGAGGGCCCACACAAGAUGUAUCCUGAUGACUACCCAGGCAACCAGAGGAGGGACAGUUUCAUGAAUGGACCAAUGGACAAGCCAUCGGACAGACCAGGGUUAAUGGGAGCAGCUCCAGAGAGCAGCAGCACUCUUCCUAAUACGUUGCUCACAUAUCUGGAUAGUUUUCGGAUAGAGAAUGAGAGUGACGCACAGCUGGUGCUGAAAGUGACACAGAAACUAACGGAUGUGCUGAUGGAGUAUAGACUGAGGAGUGUAUCAACGGUUCCAAGUCUUAAGAGCUUACCAAUGAGCUCAACAAGUUUCUCUUCAACCUCCAGGUUCUUGAGCAGUGGUGACCGAUACUCAAAUAGUCUUCCAGGUCCAUCCAGGUAUUCUGAUGGUCCACCCCGGUAUUACAAAUGAUCAGAUGAUGGCAUCUCAGUCUUCUCCUCUCUGUCCUCAAUUGCACCUCCUGACUGUACAGCGGAUUUAAAAAAAAAAAAAAAAAAUUGUGUAUUUGUUUUAAUACUUCUCUGCUGUA